AGUACCGCGCCAGCUUUCAAAGGGAGAGUACGCGUCGCGCGCGUUCAAAUUCACGUCUCUCGUAUUUACGUACGCUGUCAUUCAACUUUAAAUCCAAUUAUUAAAUACAAUGGCGUGUGUGAGUUAAUGAGAUUGUGUGAUUAGUGCGUUUUAAAUGUUAUCUGAUAGUGUUUGGUGUUGGAAAAUGGUGAAGGAUGUGAGUUUGGGAAAAUGUUGAGCGCGUUCGCGCUAUGGCACGUGGGAUUGUUGGUAUUGGGAGUGGAUGGGCUUAUAGAGAUCGUCGAAGAGCAACAAUGCCACGACUACGCCUUCCGCCUGACCUGUCGCCAGCUCGACGCUCACAUCGCCAUCCUCGAAGCGUGGUACACCUCAACAGACCACCUCAACUCAACAGACCUCACCUCCAACCUCAACCUCACCAUCAAAACUGAGAACGACUCAGAACUCGAUAGAGUUUACGUGUAUUCUAGUCCAAAACAUAACGGCGUUUACGAAAGCAACCAUUCCAAUUUUGAAAACUUGACUAGUGUGAACGUGUCUGAACGAUUCGAAUUUUCAAACGAAACGGAUUUUUUGGAAGUGAACGGGAGUGAUUGUGGGGUUGGGGGGUUUCUGAGGAGCUACGGGAGCUGGAGGGAGGGGGAUAAGAGGAGGAGGUCGCCGUCGCGGGAAGCGGCCGUGAACUUGAGGGCGCCGGUGAGCUACCGAUGUACAGGGGUUAAUCACUGCAGCUUCGUGCUUCGCGAGGACUACCCCCCGGCGCGGGGGUGGCCGGCGGGGGUGGUUUACAUCAAAUACGCCUGCUUUGACGAUACCCUCUCUAUCCACUACUGCAACCGCGAGGUCGCUAUAGGCGUGUCCGGCCCCGCGAGCGAGGGGUACAUACGGACCCCAGGCUACCCUAACUUCUACGUGGGCGACGAGUGUCGGUGGAAGCUGGUGGCGCAUCCCGAGCAGAGGAUACGGAUAUCGCUGCUGGAUGUCAGUUUGAGAAGUAUAGGUCCGUUCGAGAACGAGUGCUCCGACUACGUCCUAGUGACGGACGGGAACGGCGACGCGCUGCUCUCGUCGUGCGACCAAGUCGCGCUGCCGCUGCGAUUGUCGUCCGCGACAAACGCAGUCCACGUCACGGUCGAGACGCGGAGUGAAGGAGCGUAUCCUAAGAGAGGCGUGUUGUUUCAUUAUAAGAGUAUAGGCUGCGUAACGCUGCCAGCGCCAUCCGACGGCUACUUAGUGUACCGCAACGAGGACGUGGCGCACUACAUGUGCAACGUCCGCCAUGUUUUCGCCGACACGCGACAGAGGGCGCGCGUCAUAUGGUGCUUUGACGACAAUAGAUGGAAUGACACUGUGCCUUUGUGUGUUGAAGAGGCGAGUGACUUGGCGGGAGAGGGCAAAGACAAAAACAUGACGCAUACCGAGGCCAAUAUGAUAGUUGACAUCGUGAUCCCGUCGCUGCUGAUACUGGCGCUGUUCAUCGGGAACGCGUUCAUCGUGCUCAUCAUAUACAAGUACAGGAAACGAAAAAAUGAUGACCUCGAUGACGAAUUCAACACCAUCCCACUGAGCGUAAACGGCAAUAUUCACAGCGCGGGCAACGCGGUUUAGACACACACAUUCAAGAGAGAUCACACGUUAGACUUUGAAACCCUGUUGUAUCUUUGACGUUCUCACACUACCUCUAUUUGUCUCUGGAAGCGACAGAUUUAAAAAAUAUAAUAUUUUAGUUAAAACGGGCGCAUCCGCGCGUGGUAUGAUUUGUGAUGUCGCGACUGACACCGCGACCUCUGUCGCUUUCCGUGGCAGUGUGUGUGAACAGCCUAAUUUUGGCAGCUAUUAGUCAAAAUUUGUAGACAUUUCGAACAAAUCUUAAAAGAAGAAAUAAUCCAAUUCCUGUAAAAACAUUACAUUAUUUAGAGUCGAUGGCCUUUGAUAGCUAAACAAGCCAGUUUCUCCCUUGCGUUGUACUAUUUGUAUGCUGAGAUGGCUUAAAUUUUAAUGAGAUUACUAAAUAGUACCCAUAUUCCGUGAUAGGAAGCGUUUUAUUGCUUAGUUAUAAGGUAUAUAUAUAGCCUAUCAGACUCGGGAGUUGAUUCAAAAAGCCAUGUCUUUCAGUCAUUUGUAUGUAGGUAAUCAAAGAUGAUUUGAGGCGUACAAAGCAAAAUAACACCUAUAGAUAAUGCUCAAAAGAGGCAUUUUUAUUAAAGGCUGUUAAAACAUGGAAUAGAUAACCUUUUAAAAUGUUCUUGCGUGUAAUCUCUCAAAGGCAGCUGGACGAAAACGCGUUAGAAAUCGGACAAAAGCAUCGAUUCUAGUCGCCGCGUGUGCGAGCGGCCUUAGGUCCUAAGUUACCCUAUUUAUCCUUUAAUUACCUCAAUUAGACAGUUCACUCGGUUUAGGGAGAAUUCAGAAAAUUAAACCAAUCAAAUUGUUACAAGGACAACGGAAGAAUGGUCGAUUUGACGAUGGUAUAGGGCCUUUUGUUGUUUAAUUAAAAUCGGUUUAAUUCAGUUCAUUUUGGUUCAUUUACGAUAGUUAAUGACAUAAUGACUGAGAUAAGACAGUAAAUUUAUUUAUUUACAUAUGGUAUCUUUAAACCUGAUGUAUUGUUUAUGUCUCGAAAACUAUUGUAAAUGAAGUAUUUAUUUAGUUGUCUAAACUAUGCUUAUGAUAUGAUAGCAAGAAAAUCGAAAGGUGGCCACUGACGAGCCUUCCAACAGUCCAAAUAGCGUAGCUGCAAUCCAAAAUCGGUCCGUGAAUGUCAAAAACGUACAAUGUUUAAUAUCAGGAUGCCGUCCAUUUGGAUGAAUCCAUUGUAACGGCAUCCAUUUGGAAGGCUCGUCAGUGGCCUGCUGAAUAUUAUUCAAAUCAUGACUUGGAAAUUAAUGUAAAAUCGUCAAGAUUUCAACUUACUUUAGUUCAUGUGUCAUUCACUUGAGGCCCUAUUUUAGUAAUGUGUAACUAUUAUUUUUUAGUCAAAGCGGGCAUGACUGGUAAAAAGGCCUUUCUUUUUCAUAGAGCACUUGUCAAAAAACAAUGUUGCCAGUGUAGAUUUAAACAAAAAUACUUUUAUCAUUGGCCUUUUUAUGUAGAUUAGAUCGUUUUCUGAAAUUUUAGUGUUCCGUAUAAAACUUUGUUCACAGAACACUUAUGGGAUCGCUUUGGUCUUGCAAAUCAGUUAAAUGCGUUUUUCUCACACACCGUUUGACGUUAGAUACCUAAAAUUUGGAACAGUUAUUUUCCAAUAGCUUAGAUGUUAAGUAAGGACUGAUAUGAUGUAAUAAUACUCUUAUUUUCUCCAGUCGCACAUCUGUCACUGCCUUGUGUUUCAUAGUAAGUCAAUUAAGAAGUUGUUGGCUCUAGUACUGUGCUGAGUAUUUAUGAUUUCGUUUCGUCUCGAAAUUGUUGAUGUUUUUCUAUUUGGCGAAGUCUGUAUAGAUUCAGUAAUGAAUAAAGCACUUUAUCUUUA